UUUCAUGAGGAGAUACAAAGGGACCUUUGACUACUGGAUUGGCCUGCACAGAGAGUCACCAGAGCACCCUUGGAGGUGGAUGGACAACACGGAAUAUAACAGCUCGGUUCCCAUCCGAGGAGUGGAAGACUAUGCCUACCUGAACAACAACGGAAUCAGCAGUGCCAGAAUCUAUACAGACAGGAGAUGGAUCUGUAGCAAGCCCAACAGCUAUCUCGCCCACUGCCAAUUUCCUUUUGCGUCUUUCUAGUCUUUGUUAAGAGAU